AUGCCUCGCGCAGCGAAAAACACUAAGAGCAGUGAUGAUGCUGGGAUCAUGGCCGUUGUUGCGAAACAAAUGCAAUCGUCGUGGGAGAAGAAGCGGAAGGAGAAGGAGGCGAAGUACUUCACCAAUGCUGAGGCUGUGCUUGAGCAAUGUGUCACAUCGGGCCGGGAGGAGUACCUCGAAGCUAUGGCUGAUAUGAACGCCGCCUACGAGCAGUUCGUCCAGGAUUAUGCUGUCGUCGAAGACGAGAUCCGCAAGUUGCUUCUCCAGCUCGGGCGGGAACAGCAGAAGAUGCGGGAUCUGGCAGAAAGCAAGCACACGCAAAUGGUGGACAGCGAGAAAGCUCGGGAGCGCGGGCAGGUUCAGGGGAUGGCUACGGCCAAGAAGGCGAUGGAGGACUUCCACCGCUUCUCAAACAUGCUGCGUCAAUUAGAAUGA